AUGGCUUCCCUCCCCGACCGAGCCUCUUCUCUCUGCAGCUCCCAGCUCCUCCUCACCUCCCUGACCUUCGCCAUCCCCCUCUUUUUCUUCCUCUUCCGGAAGAAGAGCAGAUCCCGCGAUCUCUGGAGGCUCCCUCCGGGUCCCCCCGGCUGGCCCGUCGUCGGCAAUCUCUUCCAGGUAGCCCUCUCCGGGAAGUUCUUCAUGCACUACGUGCGCGACCUCAUUCCGGUCUACGGGCCUAUCUUCACCCUCCGCAUGGGCUCCCGCACUCUUAUAAUCGUUAGCAGCUCCGAGCUGGCCCACCAGGCCCUCGUACAGAAGGGUCAAGUCUUCGCCUCCAGGCCGGCUGAGAACCCCACGCGGGCCGUCUUCAGCUGCGACAAGUUUACCGUCAACUCCGCCAUCUACGGCCCCGAGUGGCGCUCCCUCCGCCGGAACAUGGUCUCCGGCAUGCUCUCCCCCUCCCGCCUCCGCGAGUUCGCCGGCGUCCGCCAGGACACGAUGGACCGCCUCGUUGCCCGGCUCCACGCCGAGGCCGACGCCAGCGGGGGCGCCGUCUGGGUGCUGCGGAACGCCCGUUUCGCCGUCUUCUGUAUCCUGCUCGCCAUGUGCUUCGGCCUCGACCUCAGCGAGGAGGAGAUCAUCAAUGUCGACCAGGUCAUGAAGCAGGUGCUCAUCGUGCUCAACCCCCGGAUGGACGACUUCUUCCCUCUGCUGGCCCCCUUCUUCCCACGGCAGCGGAGAGAGGCCAUGCAGAUGAGGCAGAUACAGAUCGGCACGCUGGUACCUCUCAUCGAUCGGCGGCGGGCAGUGUUGCGGGGCCACCAGGUCGGCGCUGCAGAGAAGGCGACGGCGCCCUUCUCCUACCUCGACACCUUGGUUGACCUCAAGGUGGAGGGGAGGGCGUCGUCUCCCACUGACCCGGAGCUCGUCAGCCUCUGCUCGGAGUUCAUCAACGGCGGUACAGAUACCACCGCCACGGCCAUCGAGUGGGGGGUCGGCCGGCUGAUCGAGAACCCGCCCAUGCAGUCCAGGCUCUACGACGAGAUCGCGGCGCAUUGCGGCCGCCGGAAGGUGGAGGAGACCGACCUGGACAAGAUUCCGUACCUUCAAGCCUUCGUGAAGGAGCUACUCCGGAAACAUCCGCCGACCUACUUCUCGCUGACCCACGCGGUGGUGGAGCCGACGACGCUCGGGGGCUACGACAUCCCGCCAGGAGUAAAUGUGGAUUUCUACCUGCCGACGAUAUCCGAGGACCCGAGGUCCUGGCGGAACCCGCGGGCGUUCGAGCCCGAACGGUUCCUCUCCGGCGGCGAAGGAGCAGACAUGACGGGGGUGAGAGGGGUGAAGAUGAUACCGUUCGGAGCGGGGAGGAGGAUCUGCCCGGGUCUGGGGAUGGGGGUGACCCACAUCGCCCUCAUGCUGGCCCGGAUGGUGCAGGAGUUCGAGUGGACCCCGCACCCGGAGCAUCCCGGGGUGGAGCUCGACGAGAAGUUCGAGUUCACCGUUGUCAUGGCUCGGACUCUCCGGGCGGUCGUCCGGCCGAGGAAUCAGCAGCCGGGGGGACAAACGGGGCCGGGACGGCGUGAAUGA